AUGACAGUAGAACAUAGAAACCAUCAAAAUCAUCAAGACUGUCAGAUGCAAAUCAAGAUGGCAAGUGAGGUUGUGCUCCUACAUAAUGUUCCAGAGCGAAGGUCCACCUGUAUGUCAAUUAGUGGAGUGUUUUGGCCGGAUUGGACCAAUCUUAUUAUACAUUUGCCCAGCUCAGAAAAUGAUAAAUUAAUAUUAUAUAAAAUACAUUGUAUCAACCAAUCCACACAUAGUACAUUUUGUAAUAUUACUAUAGAAAUUCAGAAGAAGAAAAUUUUAAAAAUCAUUUGCAAUGUGGGGCAUUCGUUAUCUAGAAGCAAGUUUAAGUCAUGGUGUGAUCGAAUGAAAAGGCUUGAAACACCAUGUACAAUAAGGUCCAGUCACUUCUUAGUAGGCAUAUAA